ACUGGCUACCCCCGUACGGACAACGUCAUCAAGCAGGACACUAUAAUGAAGAGACGUAAUGCCGACUGUGGCAAAAUUCGACGGCCCAUCAAGAAAAACAAAAUAGCAGAACAGAUUGGCAGCAACACACUGCUCUACGUGAAAUUCCUGCUACUAUGGGCGUCCGUGAUAACCGCAGACUUUCUGUUGGAGUUUCGCUUCGAAUUCCUUUGGCCGUUCUGGCUCCUACUCCGCUCAGUUUAUGAUUCUUUCAAGUAUAAGGGACUGGCCUUUUCCGUGCUAUUCGUCUGCAUAGCGAUCACUUCCGAUUUGGUGUGUCUAUUCUUCAUCCCCGUUCAGUGGCUGUUUUUUGCUGCCAGCACCUACGUUUGGGUGCAAUACGUUUGGCACACGGAUAAAGGUAUCUGUUUGCCGACGAUAAUACUUUGGAUACUGUUCGUAUACCUUGAGGCAGCCAUUCGAUGGAAGGAUAGUCGUAACAUACCACAUCUCGAUCUUUGUCGGCCAUUUGCUGCCCACUGCAUUGGCUACCCUGUGGUUACGCUCGGUUUCGGUUUCAAAAGCUACGUCGGCUAUUGCAUCCGGCAGCGCAAGCAGCGAGAGGUAGCGAAGGACAAUGACUUCUACAUGCAGCUGCUACAGGAAGCGUUGCCCAAAGAUGAAUCCUCGCUACUCGACCAAGUGCCGGGAGACGGGUCGAGUGGCACAGGUUCAGAGCAACAGUUACAAAAAGAUCUGAUCGUCGUGACGGCAACGACCACGUCGAUCACAGCAUCGGCAGUGUCCAUGUCGAGCACGUUACUAAAUAGUAUGAACACCAGUAGCAGCAGUAGCACCUCCAGCAGUAGUCGAAGUGAUGCUGGCCAGAAUCAUCACCAUCAUCAUCCGCACAAUCAUCACAACCACCACCACCAUAACCACCAGCAGCAGCAACAACAACCGAAUACUCAUAGUAAGAGUGCUCAAAAUCACAAAUCUCCGAGCAAUAGCACCGCGUCGACGUCGCAUGUUAAUGGGCACGUGAGUAGUGGCAGCUCGCCAUCGGUCAACACCAGCGCGAUGAACGGUGGCCUGAACCACCAGCCAUCGUCCGGGCAGGGCUCUUCCAAGCACAGGAAAAGUUUGGACAAGGAUAGCAGUAGCACCUCUUCGUCCGCAUCGAGCACCUCAAAUGGAAGCAUCAAAGGGAGUAAUGGUGGUGGUGGUGCUGGUGGAAGUGGGAACUUUUCGUAUCACCAGGCCAUCGCUACGUUUCCACAAAGUAACGGUGGUGGUUGCAGUACUGCAUCAAACGUCGCUACUGUCACCGCCAGUAGUACAAAGGAGACUAGCGUUUCCGGUGCGCCUCAGCGUGGGAACGACCAUGGUAGCAAUCACGUAACCAGUGGCCCGACGGUGAAGGACACGAAGGAUUCCACCAGUGCUGCGUCCGUCGGGCAGAAUCGCAAAGACAGUGACAAGGAAUCGAGCGGGAAUUCCGUAAUGACACCUCCGACUGGCGUUCGAAGCGCGAACGGUGUGGCCAACCGUUCCAAAAGUCCCGCCAAUGGUCCGUCACCAUGCACGGGCAAAGCUGUCGGUAAACAGGUGAACGGUCAUGUUCCGAAUCUAGAACCGUCACAGGUGCAGCCACCCAACGCGGCGGCCAAUGGUCUGAACGGGGAAAGCAGCCCGGUCACCGUCCCAGUAAUGGAAGCCAAAAGCAGUCGGUCGGGGCGGAAAAAUCGUCUCAAGCAGCAACAGAAAGCUGCAGAUCAGGCGAACAUUUCGACGAUUGCAAAAAUUUUCGCUACUCUGGGGCUGGCCUCUACCGUUACGACCUUAACGACAGCGACUACGAGCACGGCUUCCGGAAGCAGCACCACGAACAGUGCAAACUUCGGUGGAACCACGUCAACAACCGCGACCGAUUGUGGGACGGUACCGGGCUCCAAGGAUGGUCGAGAAGAUGGAGCAGGUGUGCAGAGUGGCCACGAGAAUUCACCCUCGGCGAGAGGCGGUUCUGGUAAUACUCAACAAAGCGCUGACGUCGGAGACGUCGGCCCAGCGAAUGCGGCCCAACCGAAGCUUCCUGCCAAUGGGCCACCAGUUCCUUCUUCGCCGACCGUAGUAAUGGUGCAGAAAGCAUGUGAGGCUUGCCCGCGGCUAGAGGGUGACCUCAAGAAAGUGCGCGCUGAAGUAGCAGCACAUCGACAGGCGGAGAGCGAACUUCGCCAAAAGUACGACACGACAGCCAGCAACCUGAAGGGGUGCUUGCAAGCGAAACAGAAGGAUUGUGACGAACUGCAGAGCAGAUACCAAGAGCUGAGUAACCAGCGGCAGCAGGAGCGCCAAAGUUUGCAAACCGUCGAACGACGGCUGGGCGAAGAACGACGACUGCGCCAAUCGCUGGAAUCACAACUCGGCAACGAGCGGAAACACCGAAAGCUGGCGGAGGAGCGCGUUUCACGAGGAGAGUGCAGUGAGGCGUGCAUGGCUAAGAAGCGCCAAAUGCAGCUCGAGCUCGAUAAGCUGAAGCACGAGCUGUUGAGCUCCGAAGAGUCGAAGCACCUGGCCGAAAAGCAGACACGCAGUUUCGAGCAGGAGAUGAGAAAGUUCGAAGUGCAGUUACGCAAUCGUGAAUCGCAGCAAAAUACGGAAGUGCUGAUGAGUGCACUGGCCGCGAUGCAGGACAAGAAUGCGACGCUCGAGAAGAGCCUGUCGGCCGAAACGAGAGUUAAGCUGGACUUAUUCUCGGCCCUGGGCGGUGCUCGGCGAGAGGUGGACAUUCUAACCUGUUCACUGCGCUCAAAAGAAAAGGAAAUUCUCGAUCUAAACGCAAAGAUCGUGCAGCUCGUUGCGGUAAUGCCGACGAUGCCGAACGAUACUCUCUGUCUGACGGGUCCGGUUGGCAGUGGCACCGGGCAGGACGGCGGGCCGGGCGCGUCGAUGAUGCGGUUGCCCGAUGCACCGCAACUCCUUCCGCAACCGAUGAGCGGCGGACUGAACGGUGUCGGUGGUGCUGGGAGCGGUGGCACGGGCCAGCAGCCGAGCCCGAUGUCACACAUGGUACUGAAUGGGCAACCGUUGAUCGGUCAAUUAGGUGGCGGUCUCGGUGUGCUAACGUCCACGAUGACGACCGUUUCGUCCUCGAACUCGGUCUGCCCACCUCCCGGUGUCACUCUGGCCUCUCUCGCUUCCGGUGCUGGAGGUGGUGGGGGCAGCGUGGGACAAUUAGUACAAAUGCAAAGUACGAAUCAGGGCAACGGAAACUGCCCUUCCGGUUUGGACCCGAAUGCGACCGUCUACACGCCAAAGAACAAUGGCAUGGUGGGCGGCACCGAGGCCUGACCGCUUGAGUUAUCGUUUCUUCCGCCGACCGGGGUGUCCUUUGCGCCGCCGCAUGCCUCCGCCGGCAGUCCAGUCAGUGGUGCGAACAGUAUCAGUGCAAGUGUGGCGAACCUUGCUCAACAGCUCAGCGCACACCACAGCCAGCCAGGCUCCGGAGGAGCCAACCUUCUAUCGUCCUCACAUCCGUCGGCAUUGCUUUUGGCCCACCACCAUGCUCCUCAUCCGUACCAGCAGCAGCAUCAGCAUCUACAGCACAACCACCAUCCUCAUCUUCAACAACAGCAGCAUCGCCAGCACCAAUCGCAGCACGAUCCUUUCGGUUAGUUAGUUUGUUUUUGCUUUCACUUAGUUCCUUCAUAAGAGGCCGUUCGAUGUCUCUAAGCUAAAUUACGUUGGAGAUCUAUUACUAUCGGAAUGCUAGGGACACGCGCAGCACCAUUAUCACGUCAGUCUUUCAGUGGUUGCCUUCGCGAACUGAACAGCCCAUGUGUAGCACCUUCAUCGGAUGGUCUCCGAUUCAUUCGGUGUGCUCUAUUUUACGGUGUUAAAUUUCAAUCCAAUUCCACAAAUAGGUUUCGCUGUAAUUUGAUAUGAGUUUUUCCCAAUUUGUUUUUCGUCGGUGCCUGCAGCGUUGACCUGGACAAACCGUUUACGCUAAGCUUCUUUGCUGUCCUGCAUGGGCCAUCCAUUCGCCUGAAAAGCCAUUUAUUUCUUAAUUUCGAGCAGUUGAAGAAGAGGUAUUCGAUCGCUGGCGAUGU